CUAGGGUUCGAUAAUCGAAAAUUGUGGAGGAGGGUUUUUGCAAUUCGCUGAGUCGUUUCCUUCCAUCGUUCCGUUAUCGUGUCCACAACUGCGUUCAGAACAAUCAAUCCUAUGGCACCUCCACCAGGGCCUUACUCUGGUACCAGCACCCUAGCUUUGGUCGCUCGAGCUUCUGCUUUCUCUUUCGGCCUUGUUUACGGAAGCAUUAAGCUCAAGUAUCUUAAGGCAAAAGCCAAGUCACAACAGAAAGCUCAGGCCAAGUCUCAUCACUAAAAGCAAUGAGAGAUCUCUAGGGUUAUGUGUCCAUCGAUGAAGUAGAAUACCAAAAUAAUUCAUGACAAGGAACUUUACCAUGUUUUCUCCCAUUUUUUCUGGUUUAUGCUUUGGAUAAUCUUAAAGCAUUGAGUUUUGUGCGCUAUGAAAAUGUUCAAGAUUUUGCCUUGUUUAAAUAAAUACCCUGUCUUAUUUUGAGUUCCAACUUCGUAGAGCAAGGCGCCUGCUAUGUCAUUUGCUUAACUGACAAUGCAUAUCGAAGUUUACUAUUCAUUCUGAAAUUGGGUCAGUCACUGUAUUUUGUUGCGCUUUGUGUGGAAGUCAAAAGUAAUAUGCUUCCCGUUAGUGUAAAACAAUAUAAAAGUUUAGUCUUGUUUACUAAAUGGAAGAUUUUU